UUCGCAACUUCUUGACGCCCUCGACAUAGCAAUACGACUGUAGCACACCUCUUCAAUAGUAGAACAUUUCUGGACGUGCGAAGACGACCUCACUGAUACGAGCACCCGCUCCAAUAACCAUAGCGGCGUUGUAGCAGACGGAGAUAGCCGUGGUAACAUGAGUAACUACCGGCUAGCCAUAGCUCUCGACGAGUUUCAACAAACCCUCACGCCAGAUCAGACUGCUCAGCUCAAGUCAUACUCGAAUCAUGCGCCUACACCAAAUGAUGUUGUCUCGCUAACAGACCAAGUCAUCCAGGCCAACGCAAGUCGCAAGACCCACAUCUUCGCCUCACGGCUUCAAGGACUCCUUGGCUCCAUCCAACAGUAUUGCAACAUAAUCGACACAUGCGUGGGACCUAACCAGAUAGCGGCGCUAGUUUGGGGCAGCAUCAAGCUUGUAAUUCUGACCUCGUCAAACUUUUCAGAGUACUUUGAAAAGCUAUCAGAACGAAUUGCUCAGCUCAGUAAUUACUGCCCUCGAUUCUCAGAAUACGACAAACUUUUCCCAACAUCCAUCAGGCUACAACAAGCACUUUCUGACUUUUAUGCUGUUGUGGUUAGCUUCUGUUCCAAGGCGCUUCAUGUGAUACAGGAGAGAGGCGCCAAGCGCUUUUCCAAGUCGAUCUGGAAAUCAUUCAAGGUCGAGUUCAAAGAAAUAGAGGAGAGCAUCAGUGAAGCAAAGGAUGAAGUCGCCGAAGAGUUGGCGCUGGCGUCAGAACAAGAGGCACAUGAAUUUCGUGGCUAUCUGACUGCGGCAGUAGAGGAGAACAACUCUUUCCGUAUAGAGCAGAGAGCCGAGAUUGAAGCAAGCCGGAAUUUUCGAUCACAACAGAGGCAUGCAUUGCAACAAACCAGAGCUCGGCAGAUCCAAAAAAUCGUCAAAGAAGAAGAACGUCAAAAGAUUCGAUUGCUGCAACUUAUUCCGAGCCAUGACUACGCUCUUAGCCUUCGUCGAGCAAGAGGAUUGCGUUGCGAAGGGACGUGUGAUUGGCUUCUCCAACGGCCAGAAUUCCGGGAAUGGGUUGAUCGGAGAGGCGCAAAGCACCUGUGGUGUUACGGUAUCCCUGGUUGUGGAAAAUCGGUCUUAAUGGGACACGCCAUCAACCAUCUCAGUCGAAGCUUCGCAGCUCACAGUAGUACGGUCAUCAUCUACUACUUCUUCGACUACUCCAAGAAGAAGUCACUGCAGGUAUCUGCCUUCCUGCGGUGCGUCUUGCAUCAGGUUAUCACAGUCGACAACCUUCUUCCCGAGUCGCAAAGGAGUUUAGAGUCUCUUUUUGAAGAGCGGAUAGGCAAUCCAGGGCCCGCUAUCGAUGAACUAGAGAGGUUGGUCUGUCACUUCAUCGCGAAAUACGAAUCUGCUUUUCUCCUCAUUGACGGUCUUGACGAAGUCAGCGAGACGGAGCGAAGGAACGUCAAAUCUGUACUCAAGACGAUACAGAAGAAAGAAAGUGUUCGUAUCCUUGCUAUGACACAUGCUGCCAUGGACAUGACGAAGGUGCUCACUCGGUGUUCACGUCUUCAGAUCAAGCCAGAUGACCUUAGGCAUGACAUCACAACGUAUGUUCAACUGCAGAUUGAUACGUACUUGCAAAGCGACCUCCUUGGCUGUUCAUCCUCUGCGCUUGACUUGGUCAAGCGAAAGUUAGUUUCUGACGCGGAAGGAAUGUUCCUUUGGGUUGACCUACAUAUCAAGGCUAUCUUAGAUGCCUGUGAAGAGGAUGGAACCCCAGACAGGAUUCCUGAUCUUCUCGAGACACUUCCACAAGGAAUCACAGAGUUGUACAGCCUCCUGUUGCACAGGGUUACAGAGGGAUCCAGUCAUCAGGCUGAAAGGGCGAAGAAGGCGUUCCAGUGGGCGAUCUACGGUAGACGACCACUAGCGAUCGAAGAGCUGCAAGAGGCGGUAUCCAUCACCGCAGAACAGAAGUCAUGGACUGCUCCCUCUUUUGCACUAGAUGCAUCGAGACUUAGCAGAAUGUGCGCAAACCUAAUUGAUCACGACGAGGCUACGAAGCAAGUAGUGCUAGCUCACCACUCUGUCGAGUCGUUCUUCCGAAGCGAGCCUGGCGGAGGAAACCUCAAAGCCUUUUCAAUUGACGAAGUCGAGAGACUGAACUAA